AUGUACCUGUACAACGACGGUCAGAAGAUCGACCUGAUCUCAUACACUGAGCUGGCGAGGAAAAACCCGGCCAUCAAAGACCAACUGAACAAAUACAUUGGUGAAAAAAGUCAAAUAAGCAAAAGAUUCAAGAAAGAAAUAUCAGACAAGAAAAAUGAGAUAUUGCAAGCGAUGAGUGAAAAUCAAACAACAAAUGCGAAGGAAAACGAGCUGAAAAUACUAAUGGAUGAUCAAAGGAAAAAGGUAAACCAGGGUUACAUGGAUAUCGUAAUUUCCGAUAGUCAAAGAAGAGCAACGAUUGAUCUUCUACCUAGUGGAUUUUUAAAUCACAGUCCUCUAUGGGACGACAAUUCAGAAUUUUCAAUCAUCACAGUUCUGAAGAUACAACCAUCUAUCUUCCUUGGAAAGGUCCGCACACCCUUCGACCCCAACCAGACACUGAUCCAACUUAACAAGAGGCUGGUCAACCUCAAGAUCACAGACAAGAACAUUGAGCAAACAAUCAAAACCAUUAAUAACUUAAGUGGAUCAUCGAAUCCUGAUGUGCCAAUGGCACCAGCAGGAGGCAGUCAGUUCAGCAUGAUUGGUUCUGCAUUUUCCGCCCCACUCGACUUGGACUCGAUCAACGUCCAGGCCUACCUUGGAGCCAAGUUAGAGACCAAGACACCCGAAAAGAGGGAAGAGAUCAAAACAUUGCUUAAAAUGACAGAGAAAUACAACGAAAUCAAGGAGCGUAUGAUCAAAAAAACGAUUACCAUGCUAGAGAAUGCAUAUGAAACUACUAUAACCCCAACCACGAAGAAAAUGAUAGCUUUGAUCAAAGGUCUACUUCUAUUCAAUAAGACCAUCCGUGUCCGUGGCAAUACAAACACAUCCCUUGCCAAGGCACUGAAGGCAGCCGCGAAGAACCCGACCGGGGAGAAGAAGGAGAAGAAACAAGCCAAUACAGCAAACACCCCGUCGCACAAGCUCGCCAAAGAGCGCGGUGUAAUACCCCCGGGCAGUAACAAAACAAAGAAGGGGAAAGGGAAGGGGAAAGGGAAAGGGAAUGGAAACGGUAAGGGAAAAGGGAAAGGGAAUGGAAAGGGAAAAGGGAAAGGGAAUCAGAGAGGUCAGGCAGCCAAGAAAUAA